AUGAAUAAUACGGCCGAUAAUGACGGUGCCUUUGUCCCUUCGCUCACCCUGGAUCGCAGGCUAGAGAUUCCAGAUCAAAAGAAACACUAUCUCGACUCCCUUCUCCGCUUGCUAGACGCUCUGAUCUUUCUCCACCUGGGUGUCCUCUAUAUCUGCGACAAUCUUACAUUCCUUCUGGUCCUGCGCGCACUGAAUCAAGUGGUCCACGUCCAGCAUCGGCCCGCCGCGAUCACACCCGUUCUUGUCGUCAACCUCAUUUGUGUUGUGACACAUCUUCUACAGAGCAGGUCGGGGACCAAACGGCUCCAUGGAGGCAUUAUCGUCGACUUCGUUGGCGAGAUUCCAAGAUCAAGAACAUCUGUGAUAAUAUUGGAUCUGAUAUUUCUUUCACUGCAAAUGGUCAUGCUCGUGGCCGGUCAUGAGAGGCAGAUUGCUUCAGGAGAGGCCCUCGCGCUCGAAGAGUCACAGCCACAGGACCUGGAGUCUGAAGAAGCCGGGCAGUUGAGGUCACGUGCUCAAGAGCCGACGGACGUGACUGAGGAGGGGAUCGAGCUGCAAAGUCUUUUGCCCGAAGGAUCGAGGGUAGACGGCGCAGCGCAUCCAAAACAAGCUGAAGGGACACAAGAUGACGACGUGAUAUUACUGGAUUUGAAGAAGGGCAUCAAGGCCUUACUCCGAAGACCAAUACCGGCGGCUUCGCCGACCGCAAUUGAAAAUGCUCAAGCUCGUGCAAGCGUUGCGGCAUUCUUGAGAAUCGCUGCCGCAAGAGCAAGGGCGGGCUGA